AUGAACGUUCGCGUCGAACAGGAGAACGUCAGUCCACAAGUUCAAUCUACGAGUCCAUCAAAUUGUAUGGUGGUGAGAGGUGGCACAAUUCCCGCCUCACUUCAGCCGUUCCCUGGUAUGGAACAUGAUCGGACGCUUUUAAAUGAGCUGUCGCAAGAAACAUCUUCUAAUGGUUUCUCACAGUUUGUUGAAACUCCGAGGGAAUUCGAUGACGAUAAAGAAAUCGAAGCUGCUGCUGCUGCCUCUGAGAAUAAAGAAAGCCCAAAAACCUUGCCAGCUAAUCGAAGUCCAACACCUCCUGUGAUAAGAAUACUACCAGAGACCGCUCCUUCUAACCAAACUCUUUCACCUCUUCAUAUAAAUGUUAAUGACUGUUCAAAAAUUGAUUCACAAUGUGACAGCUCUCGAGAUUCGAAAUUAUCAAGCAAUGGAUCAUCUGUUCAAAAAACGGUUUUCCAAACACCUUCGCUUCGAAUUACCGACCGGGCAAGUACCUCGACGGAUUCAAAUCCAAUAGUGAUGGGACCUCCAAGCAGUACAAACACACAGGUGCUACUCAGUCCUGCUGGCAAUUUGCACAAUGGAUUUCCUAGAAAAUCAUCUGGUGACUCUUCCCCUAGUGUUGUACGAGCGAAGGGCAAUAAAUCUCCUCAUCAAUUCUCAUUUCAACGGAACCAUCCAUCUCAACGUUCAAAUAACAUCUCUGGGGUAUCUAGUCGACCUUCGAGCUCACUAGCUUCUCCGCAAGGAGGAGGACGUAAGGAUCAUGAAAUGACACGACGACGAGCUCUAGUAGAUCGAAUAACAAAAUGUCGAGGUUCUGAUUAUGUUCACUUGUUACCACAAACUGAGGGCUUAUCGCAUACUCAAACUUCUAUUCUUUUGCGUAAAAAUCGAGGAACUCUGAUAACCGAAGGAAUGCCAUAUUCUAUGCAGAAGUUAAUAGAUUGUGGACCUGAAGCUGACAAGACAGACAGAGCCUUCGUGGAAAAAAUUAGGGAAGCGAAUCAGAAACGAAUCCGGCACAACAAUCAGGACGAGCUUACUGAUGUUAGCGACCUCGAAGAUGAUCACGAAACUUCAAAUGCAGAGCCUAAAAACAGAAGAUCUCCAAAAAAUUUCCCUCGUUGGACACCAAAACGAAUGAGAUAUUCUGGAAUGUUGUCAAGAGCGGAAACGUUGCUUGACGAAAAAAUUGCCCUUCUAGGAAUGCUCAAGAACCAAUAUUCUGUAAUGGACGGUUCAGCAGGCGUGAGGUUCGAGAAAGAAGAACCAAUUCCACGUCGCAGACGGCAAUUAAACGGCAUGUACUUCCUCUACGAUAAAUCGGCAUUUCGAAGAGUAUCAGCAAAUCAUUUUGGCUGUUCGAGAGCAAUGCCGAUUCAGUCAUGGACAAAACGAAGUUUACAACAGGAUAUAUUUGAAGAGUCGACGAGUGAAAAACCACAAAGCGCAGGUCCGGCGGUAGUGAAACCGUCACUGAAUCCAAGCGACAAAUGGGUUGCCACAGCACAGAAAAAUGUAGUCACAUAUCUAACGAAUGGAGAAAAGCGAGAAAUCACUGAAUACGAUUAUGAGGAAUACAAAGCUGGUGAAGGAAUUCAGAGAGUGAAUGAACUGUCUUCUUUAGAUCCCAUCGAAUUCGUUGUGUCCUCUGACUUCAACACUUUCGAGGAUCGACAAAUGUCUUACCUUUACCGGCAGUCCACUGCGCCGUCGUGUAUUAUCCGUAAGAAACAUGGAAAAUCUGUCCACUUCGAAAUAGACGAUCGGAAGCCUUUGGAUCAAAACUCUGUGUUGAAGAAAAAGACCGAUAAGAAGAAAGAACGAAAACCAGUAGAAGAGGACAGUAGUAAUGAUGAAAUAGAAGAAGAAGAAACUGAAGAACCGAAGGUUCCAUCAAAGAAAAGACCACGCGGGAGACCUGCAACUACAAAAAGGAAAUCUUCAAAAAUGUCUGUGGCAGCAAAACUAAGUAAUGGAAUCUAUCUAGAUUAUUUGUUCGAAGACUUCAUGGCUGAAGAUGUAUGUACGAAACAGCUUCCCAACAAGAUCACAUACGCGAGUAUUGCUGUUCCCAAUUGGUACAAAAUUCCUGAAGACUAUUGGGAUGAUGUGCCGGCAAGUUCAAAAACAGGUUCUGAUGAUUUGCUGAUACCUGUUGCUAAACAACAUCAUAAACUGAUGCAUGCUGAACGAGACAGAAUAAAGCGAGAAACUGAUAAACGCAUAAGGAAUCGGCAGGCACCUACUUUGAACGAAGAUGGCUUAGACGCCGACGGAUAUCCUCCAUUUGAUAUGCAGCAGUUCGAGCCAGAUAUCAUAACUUCCAGACGCCUCUACGUUUCUGUCGUAACACCGUAUGAACAACGUGAUUUUCUCAACAAUCUAAAUUCCCAGUCAACAACAUAG